AUGUUUAUGAAUAUUAAAACUUCCCUUUUUGCUAUAUAUUUAUUUUUAAUAGUUGUUGUAUAUCUUAUGAACUUGUUAAUUGGAUUACUCAAUAUGGCAAUUGAAGAAGAUAAUAAUAGAGUCUCAUAUUUAAUGCAGAAGGCAGAGAUUUUGGCUGAGAUUGAGUUAUUUUACCUAUUACCACAUCAGAGACGUUGGAAAACAUGGUUUCCUGAAGUAAUACAUUAUUAUGCUGAUGCUGAUAAGACUCGAAUAGAAAUUGAAAGGUUGAUUGAAAAGGGUGAAUGGGAAACCAAGGAACAGGAACUCACAGAGAUGCGGAAAAAUUUAUUAGACAAACUUAAAAUUAAAUAUGAUCCUAUUGACAAUAAGGCAAUAUUGGAGAAAUUAAAAAUUGACAAUGAGGUAAUAUUGGAGAAAUUAAAAUCUCAUGAUGUAAAAUUAGAUAAAUUAGAGGAAUUAGAGAAAUUAAAAGAAUUAUUGAAAGAAAUAUGUGCAAAAUAAUUUUAAUAUUAU